CUCGAGGCUGUCUGCAAUGGGGUCGUUGGCAUCAGGGCUUCUUGGUCGCGACUAAGGGCCGGUGUGAGGGUUACGUGCUCGGACGCUCUUGGAAGGUGAAUUCGUCUUCACAGCAUGAGGAGAGUGCGUUGGUGAUGGCGAACAAGUGUGGGGAACGUGAUGAUGGGCGACAACUUGCAUAGUCCCACGAGCUCGUCAGCGGUGCCGUCGCCGAAAUUGCCCCGACAUAGCCUGGGCUAUGUGCUGAAGCAACCAUUUGGCUUCGCAAAGUUUGCCAUGAGGGGCCCCUAUCGUCAUGCGCGGUCAGUCCUGUUGGUGAUGGGAGCCCAUGGACCGAGCUUGGUAGCAAGCUGUGUGCCUCCGCGGCGCAGGUUUGCCGGGUAGGCAUGGCAAGGGAUCACAUACCCAGCUCCAAAGGGGUCAGUCGAUAAUUGACGAGGUCCUGAUCGUGUUGAAGGAGAACC